GCGGGCGGAGACGCGCACAGACGGAUUCAGGUCCUGCAGUUGUCUCCGUCUCUCCUCUCGUCAGUUCGUGUCUCCCGGCAGACGGAAGCUCGUCCUGAAAGUUUCCAGCAGAAGAAGCUCGCUGUCUUCUCUCCUUCCGCUCGUUUUGUGACAGUUUAAGUCCCUUCCGGUCGUGCUAAAGUGUAAAACUCUGUCAUGGGGUGAAGUGACGUGUGAGGAGGAUGCUGAUGAAGACUGUGGUGACCGAAGACGCAGAACCCUGCAGUAAGCGCAGAGUCUUUGGGAUUUGGACUGCAGGCUGGACAAAAGAAGGAACGUGAAGACGCCAGCUGGAGCUCUGGGAAACCAUGAGGAGCACGUUUCACCAAAGGAUUAACUGAUUCAUCAGGAAGAAGACAACCGGAAAAAGGUAACCAUGGUGAAGGAGAGUCUGCCCAGCUGGGUCCACAAGGACUCUGACGAGGGUCUCGUCCACGUGAACGUCGGAGGUCUGAAGAGGAGUCUCUGUUCCAGCACGCUGAAGAAGUUCCCGGACACCAGACUGGGAAAACUGCUGGCAUGUGAUUCAGAGGAAGACAUCCUGCAGGUGUGUGAUGACUAUGAUGUGCAGCAGAAGGAGUUUUAUUUUGAUAGGAAUCCUGGCCUCUUCCCUUAUGUCCUCCACUUUUACCAGACUGGGAAGCUUCACAUCAUGGAGGAGCUGUGUGUCUUCUCCUUCAGUCAGGAGAUCGAGUACUGGGGCAUCAACGAGUUCUUCCUGGACAGCUGCUGCAGUUACCGUUACCACGACCGCAAGCUGGAGAGCAGCCGGCGUCGCAGCUGGGACGACGAGAGCGACGUCAGCAGCAUCGACACGUCUGUGGACGAGAUAUCGGACCUGAACAGAGACAUGCAGCAUUUCCAGGAGGUGCGUUACGGGAACAUCAGGAAGUGUCUGUGGCUGACGCUGGAGAACCCGGGAUACUCCAUCCCCAGCAAGCUCUUCAGUCUGCUCUCCAUCGGGGUGGUGCUCACGUCCAUCGCCACCAUGUGCAUUAACAGCAUCCCGGAGUACCAGACUUUUGACAGUGAAGGGAAGCUGCUGGAGGACGCGACCACGCAGGCUCUGGAGGUGUUCUGCACCUGCUGGUUCACCUUCGAGGUUGUGACGCGGCUGCUGCUGGCGCCGAACAGGAAGCGGUUCUUCCACCACCCCCUGAACAUUAUCGACAUGGUGUCUGUGGUCCCCAUCUACAUCACCCUGCUCUUUGACCUGACUGUGGGAUCAGAGUCCGAGCUGGGAGACCUGGGGCGGCUCAUACAGGUGUUCAGGUUAAUGAGGAUCUUCAGAGUUCUGAAGUUGGCCCGACACUCGACGGGACUGCGCUCACUGGGGGCGACACUUCGGCACAGUUACCGUGAGGUCGGCAUCCUGCUGCUGUACCUGGCUGUGGGCGUGUCCGUCUUCUCCGGCAUCGCCUACACUGCUGAGUACGAGGAGGACGUGGGGCUGGACACCAUCCCGGCCUGCUGGUGGUGGGGGACGGUGAGCAUGACCACGGUGGGCUACGGCGACGUGGUGCCCGUCACGGUCGCCGGGAAGCUGGCGGCCAGCGGCUGCAUUCUGGGCGGGACUCUGGUGGUGGCGCUGCCCAUCACCAUCAUCUUCAACAAGUUCUCCCACUUCUACCGGCGACAGAAGGCUCUGGAGGCGUCGGUGAGGAACAACAACUGCAGGAAGAUGAGGCUGAGCUGCGAGAAGGAGCCUGACGAGGACGAGGAGGAAGACGAGGAAGAGGGGUCGGACGGGGACAGCCGGUGUCUGGACGACGACGACAUCGACGAUAUCGAGGAGGACGACAUCGAUUACGAGGACGAAGGUGGUGUGAUCAAUUACAGCUACGUGGAACACCCGCUGUACCCGUCAGCACCGCGGAGGACGGAGCCGAGUCAGCUGUGAGGACGAGCUGAUGUUUUCAAAUCCACAUCAGACCGGCGUGAAGACAAGUGCUUUCAAUUCCGAUUCGCCCCACACGACUGAAGUGAUCCACACUAAUGUGACACGAGCUGAGCAUGCUGACUGAACACACGGACCCUGCGUCUUCGCCUCUGAAAAGCGGGAGGCGGUUCAUACCUUCAGGUCUUCCUUGACGGACUGUUCUGACACAACAUGCUGUAGUUUGGUCAUUUGUGCAUGUUUAUUCAUGCUGAUGUCGGAUGUUUUUCUGUGGGGGGGACAAAAAGAAAAAUAAGGUCAAAAACUGAAGUGAAAAUAGCAUGCAAGUUAGCUGAAUAAAAAAAACGUCUUGAAAAACAGUAAAAAGUUCUUUUGUGGAGGACGUAGAAAGGACAGACGCUCUGACGCGUCUCUGAAGCUUUAUGCACUUCAGACCACAUUCAUCACCUGCUGUGUGUGUGAGUUUACUAAUACA